AUGUCUUCUUUUCAGGUGUCUUCUUUCAUGACCCGUGUCUUCUUUCAAGGUGUCAUCUUUCUUCUUUCAGGUGUCUUCUUUCAUGAGCCUCUUCUUCAUGUCUUUUCUUUCAUGACCUGUGUCUUCUUUCAGUGUUUUUCUUUCAUGUGUUUUCUUUCUGUCUGUCUUUUUCAGGUGUUUUCUUUCAUGAGAUGUGUCUUCUUUCAGGGUCAUCUUUCAGGUGUCUUCUUUCAUGACCUGUGUGUCUUCUUUCAUGAGCUGUGUCUUCUUUCAGGUGUGUUUUCUUUCAUGAGCUCUGUCUUCUUUCAGGUGUCUUCUUUCAUGACCCGUGUCUUCUUUCAUGAGCUGUGUCUUCUUUCAGGUGUUUUCUUUCAUGAGAUAUGUCUUCUUUCAGGUGUUUUCUUUCAUGAGAUGUGUCUUCUUUCAGGGGUCAUCUUUCAGGUGUUUUCUUUCAUGAGCUCUGUCUUCUUUCAGGUGUCUUCUUUCAUGACCCGUGUCUUCUUUCAUGAGCUAUGUCUUCUUUCAGGUGUUUUUUCAUUCUUUCAUGAGCUGUGUCUUCUUUCAGGUGUCUUCUUUCAUGACUCUGUCUUCUUUCAUGACCAGUCUUCUUUCAUGACCCGUGUCUUCUUUCAUGGUAUGUUUUUUCAGGUGUUUUCUUUCAUGAGCUCUGUCUUCUUUUUCAGCUUUUCUUCUUUGUGUUUUUCUUUCAUGUCUGUCUUCUUUCAGGUGUUUUCUUUCAUGAGCUGUGUCUUCUUUCUUCUUUUUCAGGUGUCUUCUUUCAUGACCUGUGUCUUCUUUCAUGAGCUGUGUCUUCUUUCAGGUGUUUUCUUUCAUGAGCUCUGUCUUCUUUCAGGUGUCUUCUUUCAUGACCCGUGUCUUCUUUCAUGA